AUGCCCCCUCGGAAGAACAUUGUCAAGUCGGGAAACGCUGGGACAUCAUCAAAAGGCCAGAAGCCGAAACAAGAUGAUUCUGGAUCAUCUUCAGCACCAUCUGGACCUCCUCCUUUGUUUCCUCCAGGUUCAAAGACGCCUUUAUCAUUGCUCUACGAGAGGUGUCAAAAGAAUGGGUGGGAUAAACCCGAGGUGCAAACCUUUCGUCGAGGAGAACAAUUCUCAGCCGUGGUGAUCGUUCAGAAGAAGAACCCACGAACAUCUGCAAAGGAGACGAUCAGACUUGAGCCUCAUCCGCCCAAAGAGAUGCCCUCCCUCCUCGAAGCCAAGCACUGGGCUGCAACCUAUGCGCUGUACCGCUUUUGCAACAACAUUCAGCUUAAUAGAGUGCUUCCUGCCGGCCCUCGCGGGUAUUGGCAAGAACUCGCAGAGGAGCAUCGAAAAGCGCCGGAACACUUGAAAUGGCAAUAUGAUCCAGAUCCAUUUGCUGCAAAGGCUGCAGUAGAAGAGCGUCAACGAAAAGCGGCUGCCAAGAGGGAAAAGGCAGACGAUCCGGAUGAGCUAGAUCUUGGAAGCUUUGACCGUGGUGUAGAGGUCAGGAUGGGUACCAAGUUGCGUGAUGCAGUAGAGAGUGCGGUCAAAAAGGUCAUCCAAGAAUUUCCAGAAGUACAAGGAUCGGAGGAUGUCUCUUUUCUCGAGGAUGACGCCUUGAUCGGCUCUCUAUCUGCUCUCGGCUUCAAAGCCGGAAGCAUCAGAACCACCCUAGAGGCCCUAUCGUCAAACUCCGCUUUCACCUCUGCACUUCUGGUCGCAUCUCCUCCACUUGAAGCCGCUCUUGAAUAUCUACUCCUUCACACUCCGGAAUCUGAGCUCCCCAAGCAGUUUCAGCCGUCCAAAAAGUCCUCCAAUCCCUUUGUGUCCUCGGCUCACGCUGGUGGGGAGAGUCUCCAAAGGCGAUGGAUGGAAGACAGAGCCGUUAAAGAGGCCGGCUAUCCACGUCUAAUCGUCAACGAGUGCAUUGAAGAAUGCCCAGAUAACCUCGACCUCGUUUUCGAACUGUUGACUCAUCGACUUCUGGGCCUGUCAAAUCCCAGUUUUGUGGACGAAUACGACCGGGAACUUUGUAAAGCAGCCAGAAACGAAGAACUUGAGGCCAUUCAAUCGGUCUAUCCAGACGUCACAUUCAAUGAAGCUUUAUCAAUACUCACUAUUCCGAUAGAAGGUACUCCCGCAACACUCAACAUUAUAUAUUCAGCACACCACCCCUAUCCUCUUGGAUCCCGCAUCCCUCCAUUUUAUGUCACCUCUGACACGUUACCGGCUUACUUGCGCCUCUACUUUGUGAUGCGAAUCGCGGAAACUCUGUUUCCGAAUGGACAACGCGUGGAAGAUGAAGGGAUAUGCUUUAAUGGCGUCGAGGCUGCACUCGUCGCAUGGUCUGAGAUCGAAGGGGAUACACCACCAAAGCUGGAGGAUGUCUUGCGCAAUCUAGCGCCACCUCGUAAAGAGCGUGCCACUCGAGACCCUGUACAGACGCUCAAGGGAAAGCCCAGGCGUGUUGCUCGCACUGGGGCUCGAGAUACCAGAAGUGACGAGGUAGUGUUGAAAGAGUUCACAGAACUCAAGCGUAGACCAGCAUAUCAAGAGAUGGAAACGCAGCGUAAGCGACUUCCUGCUUGGGAGUUUAAGAACGAGUUGGUGGAGACGAUUAGAAAGAACCAAGUGACAAUCGUAGUCGGGGAGACGGGGUGCGGAAAGACGACGCAAUUGCCGCAAUUUAUUCUCGACGAAGAAAUAGAGUCCAAGCGGGGAUCCUCAGCGUCUAUUAUCAUAACACAACCACGACGAGUCUCGGUUCUCGGCGUCUCGUCCAGAGUAUCUACCGAACGUACUGACGAUGGAUCGGUUGGAUAUGCCAUUCGAGGCGAGAGCAGAGUUCGACCUUCUACAAAACUUCUCUUUUGCACUACUGGUGUGCUCCUGCGUCGUCUCGCAGGAGAGGACGACCUGGAGAAUGUAACACAUGUUGUGGUUGACGAAGUUCAUGAGCGCUCGGUGGAUAGCGAUUUUCUUCUGUUGGAGCUCCGUGAGAUGAUAAAGGCGAACAAGUCGCUCAAAGUCGUUCUCAUGAGUGCGACAAUCAACCAGAAGACUUUCUCAGCCUAUUUCGAUAAUGCACCCGUGAUCGAAAUUCCUGGUAGGACAUACCCAGUGACGGAUGUAUAUCUGGAGGAAAUUCUCCCACUUGUCAACUAUCAGCCUCAGCCGGUGCGCGGAGGGGAGAGGUUCACAGCAGAACAAUCUCAGUCCUUCCGAAGCUUCUUCGAGACCGCGGGUAUAGAUCAAGAAACCAUCAAAUCGCUAGAGAUGCUCAAGAAAGCCGAUAGGAUUGACUACCAGCUGGUGACAGCGAUUGUCAAACACAUUCUCCGCCAAAAUGAAAAGGGAGCAAUUUUAAUUUUCAUGCCUGGUGUACAAGAAAUUCGACAAUGCAUAGAGGCAUUGGGAAGCAAUUCACUUGGCCGCGCUACUAUCCUGCCGCUUCAUGCCAACCUUACAAGUGAUGAACAACGGAGAGUCUUUGCCCCGACUCCGAAUAGGAAGAUCGUUGUCGCGACCAAUGUUGCAGAGACGAGUAUCACUAUCGACGAUGUGAUCUAUGUAAUCGACGGUGGGAAGGUCAAGGAGAAUGAGUAUGAUCCAGAGACAGGGCUUGCUCGAUUGGAAGAGACUUUGGUGACACGAGCAUCGGCGAAUCAACGGCGUGGACGAGCUGGGAGAGUGCAGGCAGGAACUUGCUAUAAGCUAUUCACAAAGCGAGACUGGGACAAUAUGCGCAAAUUUCCAGUUCCAGAGAUGCAAAGGGUACCUUUGGACAGUCUCUUGCUUCAGAUCAAAGUGACGAGGUCAGAAGAAGACCCCAAACAAUACCUGUCACGGUCAAUCGACCCACCCAAGCUUCAGGCAAUGGAUUCGGCUUGGGCCGCUCUGGAAGAGCUUGGUGCAGUCGAUCCAGAUGGCAACAUACUUUCCCUCGUCAAUGCUCCGGUCGAUCUUCGUCUCGGGAAGAUGAUGAUACUCGGGACAUUGUUCGGAUGCCUAUCCACUGCGUUGACAAUAGUGGCUUGUCUCUCUUCCAAGCCACUCUUCGUAUCACCCAUGGAUAAGAGGGAGGAGGCCAACAAGGCGCGCGCAAAAUUCUCAACAGAGAAUAGCGACAUACUCACAAACGUGAACGCGUUUAAUGAAUGUCUUAUGGAACGUGGUAGGAAAAAGGGAGGAAUUUCAAGCUUUUGUGAAGAGAACUUUAUCUCUUAUUCUACCUUCCGAGACAUUGUAUCUCUUCGCGCAGAAUUUGCUUCUGCUCUCAGCGACAUCGGUUUUAUACCCUUUGGGAUCGAUCCCUCCGAUCCGCGACUCAAUGUCAACGAGUCAAAUACAAACUUGGUGAAAGCCAUUAUUGUUGGUGGUCUCUGGCCACGCAUAUCCAAGGUCGUCCUUCCCAAGGCUGUAUUUGAGCGUGUCGCAGCUGGAUCGACGCAAAAGGAGCAUCAAGCCAAGGAAGUCAAGUACUUUACACAGGAGGGCAGAGCCUUUAUUCAUCCAUCCUCAACUCUGUUCUCGCAAACGACAUAUAAAAGUCGCUUCCUGACAUACUUUACCAAAGUGGAGACCAGUAAAAUCUUUCUCCGAGAUGUCACAGAGGCAAGUGGGAUUGACUUUUUUUACCCUGAGAGAUAA